AUGUGUAUCGCUUUGCUUACGACUGCGCAUCCCGAGUAUCCGUUCAUUCUGCUGAACAACCGCGAUGAAUUCUUGAACCGUCCCACUGCAAAGGCCACUUUCUGGCAAUCGCCCAAUGAACAUGUUCUAGGAGGUCGUGACCUUCAACGUCCGGAGCAAGGCACAUGGCUGGGCCUCACCAAGCAGGGUCGUCUGGCGUGUCUAACCAAUUUCCGCGAGUCUGGCGCCCAGGUGUAUGGCACAAAGUCACGUGGCGGAUUGCCAAAAGCAUUUCUGACAUUGCCCGCGUCAAGCGCGCAGUCAUCUCAGGAAUUUGCACGACACAUGGUCGAGGACGUGGGUGUAGGUGAUGUUGGGGGGUUCAGCCUUCUCUUCGGUAGGUUGAGCAAGCGCAAUAUUUGCGCGCAAGAGGGAGAAGGCCUUGCAAUCAUGUCGAAUCGAACCCAGGAUGCUUCGGCUACCACCUGGAUCUGUGGCAAAUCUGGUGAGAUUCAAGGUCUCAGCAACUCGCAUUUCGGUGACAGAUCCUGGCCCAAAGUUGUUGAUGGAGAGAAGCGACUUCGAAGCGUCAUUCAGGAGCACACUACCGAAAAUUCGAGCAAAGAAGACUUGCUCAACGCGUUGUUUAAAGUACUGAGUGUGGACACUUUGCCCCAUCGUCAGCAUGGUCAAGACUGGGACACAUAUGUCUAUCAGCUCCGCAACAGCAUCUUCAUCCCUCAGAUUGGUCGAGAUGAGCUGGAUGAUCCUUCUGCUGAUGAUGUUGUCGUCACCGAUACAGAUCGCACCACAAAGACCGAUAGCGAAGCCUAUGGUACCCAGAAGCAAACUGUCAUUCUUGUUAAUCGCAAAGGCACCGCCACGUACGUUGAAAGAACACUUUACGAUGAUCACGGUCGUCCAACAGAUGACAACGUCCAGCAAUACGAAUUCGAGAUUGAAGGUUGGAACGAUUGA